GCCGGGUAACGGCGGACCUCGGCCGGGACGCGCCGCCGCAUCGCCGCCCCGCGCGGGGACCGUGUGCGCCCCGAGCGCAGCACAAUAGCCGGGAGGAGGAGACAGGGAAAGGGGCAGGGGGAGAGGAGGAGAGAGAAAUAGAAAGCACAACACGGGGGCUGGCGAGGGAGCGCGGAGCGGAGGGCUCCGGAGCGUGGCCGCGCUGAGGACCGUGCCCAGGACGGCGGCGACAGGAGGUGGGUGGGGGGCGAUAUUUACCUUCCCUCCCCCGCCCCGAGCCCGCUCCUUUGUCCACGCGCUUUGAAGUGCUGGGGGAUCGCCGGGGUGGGAGCAUUGUUGUUCGCCAGCAAACGAUCAGUCAUGCUGGAGAGAGAGUAGCGAAUGUGCGCGGGGCUGGGGCCGGCAAAAGCAGAAGGAGACGGGGAGGAGAGAGGAUUGCCAGAGAGGAUUGCUGCCUGCGUCCCAGUGCCCUGCAUGGACCGUGAAAGAGACGCGCUGAGUUGACCCUGCCCGAGCUGUUUCUGCUUCUACAUGUGAGAUCCGGUUGGUUUUUUCUUUCCAUCUCUCUCUUCAGCCUCCUUCUCGUAUCCUCCACUUACUCCCGUAUGCAAAAUGGUGGACCCUGUGGGGUUUGUAGAGGCUUGGAAAGCACAAUUUGCAGACUCUGAGCCUCCUAAAAUGGAGCUGAAAUCUGUGGGAGACAUCGAACAGGAACUGGAGAUGUGCAAAGCAUCUAUCCGGAGACUGGAGAUGGAGGUUAACAAGGAGAGGUUCCGCAUGAUUUACCUGCAGACUCUUCUGGCAAAGGAGAAAAAAAGCUAUGAUAGACAGAGAUGGGGUUUUAAACGUAUUUCUCAGUUGCCUGAAGGGGGUGCAGAGCAGCAGAUCCAGGACCUGCAUCAUAACCAGUCUGCUGACCAAGACGAAUAUGAAAAAAGCAAGUCACACCAUGGGGAGGAAAAGUUCAAACCUAGGAUACCCUCUAUGCGGAAGCUGUCUACCCAGAGUGAUGGGUCAGACCUGUCACCUUUGGACAGCCCCCACCAUGGAGAAGGAGAGCAGGACAGGUGUAAGUAUUAUGGUGAAGAGAAACUGAAGAGAGUUGUAGAAGAUAUGGAGAAUCGCUGUGAUACAGAUGGCUCUCCUUCAAAACACAGAUCGGCUUCCACUCGCAGACUAGUGGGAUCUGCUGAGAAGGAGGGGUCAUUUGAACCUAAGGAGAGAGGGAACAGCACCAGUGUGGCAGCCCUAAGGUCCAAUUUUGAGAGAAUGAAGAAGGUUAAUUCGCAUUCUUCUGGAGAUAGCAAGGAUGUUAUUGAAAAGCCCUUUUAUGUGAACAUGGAGUAUCAUCAUGAGAAGGGUCUAGUAAAGGUCAACAAUAAAGAUGUUUCUGAUAAAAUAAGUUCCCUUGGUAGCCAAGCCAUGCAAAUGGAACGCAAAAAGUCUUUGCACUCCCUCCCUUCUAACAUGGUACCCAGCUUCAGCGAGUUCCAGAGGCCGGCCUACAGGGGAAGGUCUUCAGAGAGCAGCUUUCUCUAUGAUGGAGAAUAUGAGGAUGCUGAACUGAACCCCAAGUUUCUUAAAGAUAACCUGAUUAAUGCCAAUGGCAGCAACCGCUCACCUUGGCAGCCCAUGGACUUUCAGCCGUAUCAGAGUAUCUAUGUUGGUGGAAUGAUGGGGGAAGGAGAAGGAAAAGGACCUAUUCUGCGAAAUCAGGGCCCAACUGACCAGGAAAAACAUCUCACGUGGCCCAGGAGAUCUUAUUCCCCCAGGAGUUUUGAAGAUAUUGGAGGAGGAUAUACUCCUGAUUGUAGCUCUAAUGAGAACCUUACCUCCAGUGAGGAAGACUUCUCCUCAGGACAGUCCAGCCAUGUCUCCCCCAGCCCCACCACUUACCGCAUGUAUCGGGAUAAAAGCCGUUCCCCUUCCCAGAACUCACAGCAGUCCUUUGACAGCAGCAGCCCACCAACCCCCCAGUCUCAAAAACGGCACCGGCAGCAGCAGGUCAUCGUGUCUGAGGCCACUAUUGUGGGUGUACGAAAAACAGGACAGAUCUGGCCAAGUGAUGGAGAUUUACCCUCUGGGAGAUGUCACCAGGACAGCUGUUUGCAUGGGGAUACAGAUGCCCCGUUCGGGGGAACCCCGCCUGGCUACGCGUAUGAUGCUGACCGCGCCGAGGAGCAGAGGCGGCACCAUGACAUGAUGCCCUACAUCGACGACUCGCCAUCCUCCUCGCCCCACCUCAGCUCCAAGAGCCGCGGCAGCCGGGACACGCUGUCCUCGGGCUCUCUGGAAUCCACAAAAUCAAGUGAGCCAGACCUGGAGAAAGGCCUGGAGAUGAGAAAAUGGGUCCUGUCAGGAAUCCUAGCCAGUGAGGAAACCUACCUGAGCCACCUGGAGGCCCUGCUGCUGCCUAUGAAGCCUUUGAAAGCCGCUGCCACAACCUCCCAGCCCGUGCUGACCAGUCAGCAGAUUGAGACAAUAUUCUUCAAAGUGCCUGAGCUCUAUGAGAUCCACAAAGAGUUCUAUGAUGGGCUCUUUCCCCGAGUGCAGCAAUGGAGUCACCAGCAACGUGUUGGGGACCUCUUCCAAAAGCUGGCCAGCCAGCUGGGAGUGUACCGGGCCUUUGUGGAUAACUAUGAAGUUGCUAUGGAGACAGCAGAGAAAUGCUGCCAAGCCAAUGCUCAGUUUGCUGAAAUCUCUGAGAAUCUAAAGGCCAGAAGCACAAAGGAAUCUAAAGAUCAGACAACGAAAAAUUCCUUGGAAACUCUGUUGUACAAGCCAGUGGAUCGAGUGACUCGCAGCACACUUGUCUUGCAUGAUUUGCUCAAGCACACUCCAGUGAGCCACCCUGACCAUCCCCUGCUGCAGGAUGCUCUGCGCAUAUCACAGAACUUCCUCUCCAGCAUCAACGAGGAGAUCACUCCUCGCCGGCAAUCCAUGACUGUAAAGAAAGGGGAGCACCGGCAGCUGCUGAAGGACAGUUUCAUGGUGGAGCUGGUGGAGGGGGCUCGCAAGCUACGUCAUGUCUUUCUUUUUACUGAUCUCUUCCUGUGUGCCAAGCUCAAGAAGCAGAUAGGAGGAAAAAGCCAACAGUAUGACUGCAAAUGGUACAUCCCACUCACUGACCUCAGUUUCCAAAUGGUGGAUGAGUCUGAGGCAGUGCCCAAUAUCCCAUUGGUACCUGAUGAGGAACUGGAUGCCAUGAAGAUCAAGAUAUCCCAGAUCAAGAAUGACAUCCAGCGGGAAAAGAGGGCCAAUAAAGGCAGCAAGGUCAUUGAGAGGUUGAAAAAGAAGCUCUCGGAGCAGGAAUCCCUCCUACUACUGAUGUCUCCCAACAUGGCCUUCCGGGUACACAAUCGCAACGGCAAGAGUUACACAUUCCUCAUUUCAUCAGACUAUGAAAGGGCGGAGUGGAGGGAGAAUAUCCGGGAGCAGCAGAAGAAAUGCUUUAAAAGCUUCUCUCUCACAUCGGUGGAGCUCCAGAUGCUAACAAAUUCCUGUGUGAAGCUUCAGACAGUCCACAACAUUCCCCUCACUAUCAAUAAGGAAGAUGACGAGUCCCCAGGUCUCUAUGGAUUCCUGAACGUCAUUGUCCAUUCUGCCAUGGGAUUCAAGCAAAGCUCAAAUUUGUACUGCACGUUAGAGGUGGAUUCUUUUGGGUAUUUUGUGAACAAGGCCAAAACUAGAGUUUACAGAGACACCACAGAGCCUAACUGGAAUGAGGAGUUCGAAAUUGAGCUGGAGGGCUCACAGACACUGCGGAUUCUGUGCUAUGAAAAGUGCUACAACAAAACCAAGCUCACCAAAGAGGAUGGAGAGAGCACAGAUCGCAUAAUGGGGAAAGGACAGAUCCAGCUGGACCCCCAGGUGCUGCAGGACAAAGAUUGGCAGCGCACAGUCAUCUCAAUGAAUGGGGUGGAAGUGAAGCUGUCGGUGAAGUUCACCAGUCGGGAGUUCAGCCUGAAAAGGAUGCCGUCCCGCAAGCAGACGGGCGUGUUUGGGGUCAAGAUUGCUAUUGUCACCAAGAGAGAGAGGUCGAAGGUGCCGUACAUUGUACGGCAGUGCGUGGAGGAGAUCGAGCGGCGUGGGAUGGAGGAGGUGGGGAUCUACCGCGUCUCUGGGGUUGCAACCGACAUCCAGGCUUUGAAAGCUGCCUUUGAUGUCAAUAACAAGGAUGUGUCAGUGAUGAUGAGUGAGAUGGACGUUAAUGCCAUUGCAGGCACCCUCAAACUGUACUUCCGGGAGCUGCCGGAACCCCUCUUCACAGACGAGCUGUAUCCCAACUUUGCUGAAGGCAUUGCACUUUCAGAUCCUGUUGCAAAGGAGAGCUGUAUGUUGAAUCUGUUGCUGUCACUUCCAGAACCCAACCUUGUGACAUUCCUUUUCCUUCUGGACCAUUUAAAAAGGGUUGCUGAGAGGGAAAGUGUGAACAAGAUGUCCCUGCAUAAUCUUGCCACUGUCUUUGGACCAACACUGCUCAGACCUUCGGAGAAGGACAGUAAAAUCCCUGCUAACCCAACCCAGCCCAUCACAAUGACUGACAGCUGGUCACUAGAAGUCAUGUCCCAGGUUCAAGUUCUUCUGUACUUCCUGCAGCUAGAGACUAUCCCUACCCCGGACAGCAAGAGGCAAAGCAUUCUCUUUUCCACAGAGGUGUAGGUGCCUGCGGUACCAAGAGGACACAAACUGCUUUUGGCAUAACCCUGUCACUCCUGGGAAAAAGAUGACUGGUGUUUCCUCAGACUGGCCUGUUCCUGUGCCAGGGAAUUCCAGCCCUCAGAGCUUCUGCUGUUUGUUAACCAGAGACAAGCUGGAGAGAAUGGAGAAAAACCUCUCCUUGUGCUGUAGAACCAGAACUAACCGGAGAUAGAGCUGUGCGGAAUCUCCACUAGAAGGAGCAAUAGACACUUGGAUGAAUGCGCACGGAGCGUGGCAAUUAUUCUUGUUGGGAUUGUGACAGAAAGUAUUCCUCAUUUUAUGGAUUUAAUUUAUCAUAAAGAAACUUCAAGAUUUCUACUGGACCACUUGAUAGGACACCCCUUUUUGGGUGAGGGGGUGUUAAAGGAUAUAUCACAACUGUGUCUUUAAUAACUGCUGUUUUUCAAGUACUGUUCUAGACCACAAAAAUAGCAUUGCUUUGCAAGAGGAAGGAGAAGAGAAGGGUCUGGGAUCUAAAAUUCUCUCCACAGAAAUUCAAGUCUUGAAUAUGGUUCUAAGGAAAUCAAACAGUUUUACGUACAGCUAGAACUGUUGUCUGGUUGGGGGCUGGGUUUUUUUGGCUCACCCACCCUUUCCCAUACAAAUGUUUGUACACCCCAGGGAAGGAGAUGCCCUGCUCUUGCUUACGUUGCACUUCUGAUGGGUUUUGUUGGGUUGAGACAGACUCAAUGAAAUUAAUUAAGUAAAUACAGCAAAUUAAAGAGAGGCAGGGAGGAUAACAGUCAGUGAUUCUGUUGUUUGUUUGCUUAUAGAAGCAGGGGCAAUAUUAUCCUAAUAAAUUCCUUAGACCCCACCAAACUUAGUGUAAAUUAAUUGGGAAGAUUGUUAAUUCCCAACACUCCAAAGAAAAUAUGUUAUCUCUGCAAAAGUAAUUGAAGAAUUUGUGGAUUAAAAAAAAAAAAAAAAAAAAA